UUGGGGUCAGCAGCGUCACCCUCAUGGCCCAUGCCCCACCUUCACCCCUGACCCCCAGUAAUAUCCCACGCAACCUAAGUUACAUCGCGGGGCUGUACGAACGAGCGUAUUACCGCACUUCCCGGCCGAGCUUGGCAGAGGACUCCGGAACCGAAGGCUCUGAAUCGGAGUCCGAGAGUAGACCACGGAGCAGGCCCAGGAGACGCCGCCAUCUUCUGAGAGGUCCAAAGAGGAGGGGAAGGCGCCGGACACGCUCAGCCCCGGCCCGGGGCAGGAGCAGAGGGGCCUCACGCAGCCGCAGCCCCGGGACCCGCAAGAGGGUUCGCUUCGCCGACUCGCUGGGCCUGGAGCUCACCAGCGUCCGGCAGUUCUGGCCCAACGACCUUCCUGAAGUGCCGGAGCGUGUCCAUGCCCAGCUGAGACGUGACUCACUCAGCCAUUUUGCCCCUUGCCUGCCUUUCUGUCCACCUGUGAAGGAUCCUUUGAGCCUACGAUGCCCGCUGGAACCCACCUUCCCAGACCCCCUGACCAUGCCAGAUUUCUUGCCACGUCUCCUAGCACAGUGCAUCGUCCUGGAAGGAGCCCGGGCUGAGGGUUCCUGCGUUUCUGGCACCAUCCGGGUGCUCAACUUGGCCUACGAGAAACGGGUCUCUGUGCGCUAUACCUGGGACUCUUGGGCCGCACAACGUGAAGUCCGGGCAUCCUACGCCGCCCCUGCGGGCCGGGGCCGGGACCACGCCGACCGCUUUGCCUUCCGGCUGCCGCUGCCUAUACCCCUGCCCCUGGGGGUCGUCCUCGAGUUUGCACUAUGCUACCUUGUGGGUGGGAAGGAGUUCUGGGACAACAACCAAGGCCGCAACUAUUCCAUGCGGCCCCCGCCCUGUGUGGACGAGGAGGAUGAGCCUCCGAGUCCCACUCAUGAUUGCUGUGAGACGGGAUGGAUACACUUCCUAUAGGGG